AUGAACUUCUUGAAGCGCGGCUUCAAGGCGGCGAAGAGCUUCAUCGUCGGGGUGCGUCCUCGUCUUCCCUUCGCUCGUCUCGUCGUCGUCGAGGCGGGCAACCUGACCCGCGUCCUUUCCCCACCGCCCAUUCACGCGCAGGACGACGAUGGAAGCGACGACAGCGGCAACGAAGGUGGUGGGUUCUCGCACAAGAAGCAAGUCGUCGUAGAGCGACCGCGCAUACCCGUGGUUCAGUACGCGGUGUCGAGGUACGGCGGCGAGCCGAUGGGCGGAGUUCAGGGGCUGUGGUGGUACGUCAAAGAGUUAAAAAUAGACGACGACGGGGACAUCGCGAACGACUUCAUGGUAUUAGACGGCGAUGGGAAGGACGUCAACGAAGGGGAGGAGCGGCGGUACAAACAGGCCAACGUUGAAAUCCGUGGCGUUUCUAGAGGCAAUCUAUUGUUAGCUCCAUACACCUUGGAUUAG